AGAGAGAGAGAGAGACGCAUGGGAUGCUGAUGACAGAUCCGCACUGAGAUGAUGGUAUCGAUCAGGCUUACAGAUGCUCUCCACUUCAGUUUGAUAAACAUGCUGAAUGUGCGCAAUUCCAUUUUUUUCUGUUCCUCGUUGGCUAAUUGAAUGAGGUAAUGUGAGCAGCAGCCGCACACUGCAUGGGAAAGCCGAGUCAUCGAUGCAGAACCCCUCAGCGCUGUUCGGGAUGGUCAGCCACUGUCAGACCCCAACUUUUACAGACUUCCCCGGCUUGUCGCUCUCCGUGUACGGCAGCAAGGCGGACAUCUGUACGCGGCGGGCCGGGAGCGCUGGUUUUGGAUCGCAGAUUUGCCGGACUUCCCAUGACACCCUGAGUCAAAUGAACCGCGCCAGCCCAAAGAGUCUCGGUGCAUCCGAAGAAAAGGCGCAUCUGGCUGCCAAAUCUUCGCGCUCGUGCCUCUCUCUUCCACCCGUGCAAGUGAAUGGUGCCUACUGCUCAAAGGAUUUAGACAUUGAGCUAGGGGACGCUGAGGGCACCCUGAUGCGAUGUGGGCAGAGCCUACCACUACUGGUGGGGGGUCAUUUAGGGGGGCUUUAUUCCCAGAGCCUCCACUGCGACAGACCUACACCCGACCUCAGUCUGCAGGACGGCCCCCACCAAGACACCAGAUCCUCCUCUGCCUUCCAGAGGACCCUGUCGGGGGCCUCACCCAGCCUGGGCUGCAGCAAUGCCAACGGGGCUCGCUCGUCUCUCUGUUACCCAAUCAAACAGGAGAGCUCAAUGGGCUACAAGAUCUCCAACACAGCGUCUGGGGGCCACAGCACGUCUCAGCCCGGGUUUCCAAACUGUAGGGCAGGCCAAGUCUUGGGGAUGACAAGAGACGAGAUAGUUGGAGCGCCUCAUGUUAGCAACAGCGGUAGUGGCGUAUGCACAGUGAGCGAUGUAGGCAGUGCUGUGUCGGGGGACACAGUGCAACCGUUUAAUAAUGAAGGUGGCUCCUCCCCACUGGCUUUGUCCCCAACUGGCUCCCGUCAUUCAGCGCGGCUGCUCAGUGCUAGCAGUCUGAGGAGACACUGCCUGUCCCUGGCCUCACAGUCCACCGCCGCUGGCAGCGUUGCUGCCACAGGUUCCCCGUCGACUACUGGCACUACUUCCGAGGAGAUCAAUAUCACCGCCAUCAUCUGCUCCUCCUCCCAAAUGUCGAUGGUUGCCUGCGUCAACGGUUUCCGCACUAACCUCUCGCCCAGCCACGCCAGCAGUGCCGGCUUCUGCUCCUCUUCCUCCUCCUCUUCUACAUCCCCACCCUCUAACUCCUGCUCACGGGAAGCCCCCCAGAGGCCCCCACCUCACGGCAGCCCCCAGCAGGCCACACUACAGGAGAGCUGUCAGCUAUCCUCACCUGCCACCUGCCUGCUGUCCCUCUCCUCCUCCUCCUCCUCAUCCUCCUCUUCAGUGUCAUCAGUGGAGCCGGAGCAGGGCCAAGGGCAGAGCCAGGGGCUGUGUGAGGAGCGGGGCUCCAUGCUGCAGGGGCGUGGGGCUGGAGGAACAGCCGGGGGAGGUGUGGGAGGAGGAGGAGGAGGCUCGGACGGGUUGGGGUUACUGAUGAGCGGGGCCCUGUUGUCUGGGAUGCUGCAUUUGGGGCCUGAAGCCGGGGCAAUCCUGGAUGGGGGCCAAAGAUCAGGGGCUGCCCUCAAACAGGAGCCCCUGGACGAUUUUUCUCCCAGCGAAGAUGAACUCUUUCAGCACCACUAUCAUCAUCACCAUCACUUGAGUGGUCGUAGUGGGCACCUUUGUCAGCCCCACCACCCCUCUCGCCCUGCUAUGCCUCCACCCUACCACUUGCACCAAUACGUGGGGCCCAGUCCUGGGGGCCUGCUGCACCACCAAAACCAGCAAACAGCACCAACCUCUUCCCUGGGACUCAAACCGACCUCUGGAGGCCCUCCUGGGUCUCACUCAGCCCCAGAGCGAGAAGAAGUCGGAGGAGGAUCACUGGUCGAUAAGCAGGUGUGUCGCUGGAUUGACUGCAGUGCUGCGUACGAGCAGCAGGAGGAGCUUGUGAGGCACAUUGAGAAGGUCCACAUUGACCAGCGCAAAGGUGAGGACUUCACCUGUUUCUGGGCCGGCUGCAUUCGCCGCUACAAGCCUUUCAACGCCCGCUACAAGCUGCUCAUUCACAUGAGAGUCCACUCCGGAGAGAAACCUAACAAGUGUAUGUUUGAGAGUUGUAACAAAGCAUUUUCACGUCUGGAGAACCUGAAGAUCCACCUAAGGAGCCACACAGGAGAAAAGCCGUACCUGUGCCAGCACCCAGGCUGCCAGAAAGCUUUCAGCAACUCCAGCGACCGCGCCAAGCAUCAGCGCACUCACCUGGACACGAAGCCGUACGCAUGUCAGAUCCCUGGUUGUACCAAGCGCUACACAGAUCCCAGCUCCCUACGCAAACAUGUAAAGAUCCACUCGGCUAAAGAGCAACAGGUGCGUAGAAAGAUUCGGCCCUGUCCUCACCUGGAGCAGGACGUCCUGAGUGACUGUCUGUCCAUGCAACACCUCCAGAGCUCCACCUCCUCGCAGCACCUCUACAACGGCAAAGAUGGCUGUUCUCCUGGACUGGGCCAAGACAUCUUCGCAGGCCUGUACCCUGGCUCCAGCACCCCCCAUCACAGUGCGUCAGUUGAGCUCCUCUCCCCUAACCCCAACCCCACCUCCGUCUCCUCCACGGACCUGCCCUCCCGACAACACCGACUGGACCGGGACCUUGGCAGUCCUCAUCACCUGUCCCCACUGGCUGCCAUGGACGGCACAAGAGAUGGGGUGUCGGGUCCCCUCAUGUCUCCAGGCCUGAAGGGAACGGGGACGCCACCUCCUUCUCUGGAGAAACAGCAUGUCCACCCUCACCACAAGCCCUACUCUCACUAUCACCACCAUCAGUCUGCCAACGACGAAUACCAAGGCAGCUUUCAGAGCUGCUUCCACUUCGGAGAUUCUUACAGGAUGGAGCAGACGGUCAGCGGUGUCCACGUCCCAGGAGAUUCUCACGCCUACACUUCCCAUCAGCACAAUGGCUUCCACAUGUCAACCAGCAACACUGGCACUGCAGGCUUUAACCUGGCCCAGGAGAUUCAAGGCGGCGCAGGGUGCCAGUUCUCCUCCAGCCCAGAGGAGAGCAUUUUCUUCCAAGUGGGCAACUUUGACCGCAGCCUGAGCCACAUGUCCUCCGUCUACACGGAGACAUAGAGCAACACUGGAGCAGGGUACACUUCACAUCUACUCUGCAGUCCUUCCACACCCAUCUGCUUACACUUGGAACACCUCUUUGCUUUUUUUCAUACAAGCUAUGGGUCAAAUAGGUCAUAUAAUUUAGAUCUUAUUCUGAACUACUUAGCUGCCAGAUGCAUGUGAAACCAGCAAAAUGAAACACAUGUAUACUGCAAUGUGAUUAACUACUCACAUGACACCAUCUGAAUGGUCAAGAUGCAAAUUUUACUAAUAGUCAAAGUAGGUUAAAAAAACUUUAAGGCUUCUGAGCUAUUUCAACAAAGAUGUCGUCACCAGUUGCAUACGUCUUCCAGUUUUGACUAGUUCAACCAAAAAGCAAUUUUCUUGUCUUUUGUGAAUCGUUUUCACAAGUAAAAUGAUCCAGUAAUUUAUACGAAAAUUGACAAAGAUCUGGUUCUUGCUCUUCUGGUUUUUCAUUACUUCAAAUAAAGAAAUGACACAAGUGAAUUAAAUUACACAGACGUCUUCUUUAUUAUUAGUAAAGCUGAAGACUUACAAUUUUUUGAUUAUUAUUUCUUAGACUCAGAAUCACAUUUAUUGGCCAACAGCACAACAUGUCCACACACAGGUUUUUCAACAUUGCUAUAUAAACUUUAAACGCUACAAAACUCAUGAAUGGAAAUGAAAUGUCCUCUCCCUUUUCUCUCUAAUCUACAACUUCCAAUCGUUUAGACUGAAGUGUAGAAAAUAAUAUAUCAUUUUGCUGUGUUGUUUUAGCAGUGGAAAAAAA